ACUCCCAUGGUCCUUUCCAAAGCCCACAAGGCGACUGCUCCGCUCAUCCCAUUAGAUGAGCUUAGAGAGAUAACGGAGGGAGGAGACAUUUUCCCAAAGGCUCCCUCUGUUUCUUUCUCACAUCUAUCCAAUAUCACAUUCCAUUCCUUUCAUUCCACAGUUUCAAUUCCCAUAAUAUGAGAAAACUCUGCCCAAAUUUCGACCGUGAGGAUGGGCUUGAGACCGUUCUGGAGGUUCCCAUCCCAGAAGAGAUGUUCACCGCCAUGGACGACGGCGACAACAAUAAUAAUAACAACAACAACAAUGCCCUCCGCUGGCAGAACAUGCGCACCUGGUUGAAGUCACAGUGCGCCCACAAGUUGACAGCCUCCGCCCCUCCCCUCUCCGGCCGCAACGCGGACCUUCAAUUUAUCCUCAACGUCGUCGGCUCUCCUCUCAUCCCUCUCCAAAUCAACAAUGACUCCACCAUUACGUGCCCUUGCAUCAAAGACACUUCCAUUGAAGCUUCCACAGCCAAAUAUAUCGUUCAACAAUACACUGCGGCUACCGGAGGACAAACGGCAUUGAAUUCAGUCCACAGCAUGUACGCCAUUGGGCAGGUGAGGAUAACCUCUUCCGAGUUCCACCUAAGCGAAAACGACGAUAGCGUGAAGGCUAGAGACCAAGCUGAGAUAGGCGGCUUCGUCCUUUGGCAAAAGAACCCUGACCUAUGGUACUUGGAGCUGGUGGUUUCCGGUUGCAAGGUCAGCGCCGGCAGCAAUGGCGAGGUCGCCUGGAGGCAAUAUGCAGCCCAACAAUCACGAGCCUCCAAAGGUCCCCCAAGACCCUUGCGGCGUUUCUUUCAGGGACUUGACCCGAGGUCGACGGCAAAUUUGUUUUUGGAUGCGAUGUGCAUAGGAGAGAUGGUAAUCAACAAUGAAGACUGCUUCAUACUGAAGCUGGAGGCGAGUGCAGCAACCCUCAGGGCUAGAAACACAAACAACAUUGAGAACAUACACCACACAAUUUGGGGAUACUUCAGCCAGAGAAGUGGGCUUCUUAUGAAGUUUGAAGACUCACACUUGCUAAGCAUGAAGAAAGGCAAAGGCAACGAUAGUAUCUUCUGGGAGACAAGCAUGGAGUCAGUGAUUGAGGAUUACAGAUACAUUGACGGCAUCAAUAUUGCUCACAGAGGAAAGACUCUUGUGACUCUGUUUAGGUAUGGAGAGGGGUCGACUAAUCAUAAGAGAAAGAUGGAGGAGACGUGGACCAUUGAGGAAGCUGAUUUUAACAUAUGUGGACUCACCAUGGAUUGCUUUCUACCUCCUGCAGACCUUAAGAGUGAAUAAGGGAGUAGUGUGGAAGGCAUGGAAUGAGCGUGAGUGAAACCUUAAUUAGAAGCUAAAGAUAACAUAGAGGCUGUCUUUUUCUGUACAUUUUCUCUUUCUUUAAUACAUAUAAAUUACUUGUUAAAAAAAAAAAAAAAAAAGCUAAAGAUAACAUGAAUGUAUAUAGUCUAGUUGGGGAAAUGUUCUCUGUUCGGGAAUGCUCCACCUACAUCAGCACAUGGAUCAAUGGAGCGCAAACAUCAACACUGAAGAGAUUAUUGCCUUUCAUAAGAGGCGAAGCAAUCAUUUCACCCUCCCCCCCACCCAAUAUAUCGGGGUGCAGCCACAACACUCCCCCUCAGAAACCAUUUUCCCAUAGUUCUAUAUAACAAAUUGUUUCCCCCUUAUGUUAGUGGAAAAAAAAAAGCUUUCAGCAUGAUCUUGCAAAUAGAAAGCCAUGUUAAUUGACUAGUAGUGACAAAUGAUAAAAUUAUGUGGUAAGUUCUACG